AUGCCACCUACUGGGAGUGCAGGUACGAAGGAGGGAGGGGGAAAGGGGGGGAAGAGAGGAGGGGGCGGGAAGAGGGGAGGACGGGAUGGGGUGGGUCACUUUGCAGGCUCGUGUGCCCUUGGUACCAUGACGGCAGUGCAUGUGCCCCUGGUACCACGACGGCAGUGCAUGUGUCCCUGGUACCACGACGGCAGUGCGUGCGAGGACGAGAGCUUCUCAGUGGCGUGUCUCAACUCACUUACACAUGUGGGUGGGUGUCCUUGGUACCACGACGGCAGUGCAUGUGAGGACGAGAGCUUCUCAGUGGCGUGUCUCAACGACUGCUCGCAGCGGGGCGACUGCGAGGGGGGCGUGUGUCAAUGCCAGGCGGGCUUCUUUGGUGCCGACUGCUCGCUCUACUAUAAUGAGGAGCUGCGUCUGAGGCGAAAAGGAAACCUUUUCUCACCAUCGCCAACUCCUCUUUCCCAUCCUCCACCUUCCCCGCCCACCAAUCAGGAGGCUCCCCGGAUGCAACACUCGCCCUACAUCGACCACCCCGAAGCCCUCUGGUUCUGGGAGCGGCUACUCGCCAGCCGCCACCGCACCAUCGACCCGCGUGAAGCUGAUUACUUCUACGUGCCUCUGCUCAUCCGCAACCGAGACAGUGGCAAGCAGCGGCUCAUCUCAGAGACCAUUUCCUUCAUCCGCUCGCUCGGCCCCUUCUGGGACGCCAAGGGCGGGGCAGACCACAUUUUCCUGGUGAGCGAGGAGUACGGCAAGUGCGCCCUGCAGCUCUACGGGCUCGAGGACCCGCGGCUAGCUUCCGCAAUCACCCUCACUCCAUGGGGGUACACUUGCAACAUGCUCGGGACGCCAGACGGAGGCCCGUGCUUCCGGCCCAGGCAGGACAUAGUGAUUCCGCCCUCGGCGCAUCUGAGGCACCAGCAGAAUGCGAGUAUGGUGAGGGAGGCAGGAGGGCUGCCUGCGCUGGUGAGGGAGGGAGGUGCGGAUGGGGAGGGAGAGGUGCAGCAGCAGGGGCAGGAGCAGCAGGAGGAGGGGAAUGGUGGGCAGGGGCAGGGUGGGAGGGAACGACAGUACCUUUUGUUCGUACGAGGGCUGAAUGUGAGCGACGGCAGCAGCACCUGGGACGAGGAGGCACACCCGCAGGAGCAGGGGGGGCAGCGGCAGGGAGACAACAAGGAGCAGCAGCAGGUGCAGGCAGGGAGGAAGGAGCAAGGGGAGCCGCCGUUCAGCUUUGGCGUGCGGCAGCGGGUGUUUGAGCUGUACGCGGGGCGGGACGGCGAGACGGGCUUUAAGGUGGAGGUGGUACCGGAGGGCGGCGAGGAGCUGGCGUAUGGUGGCAUGGAGCACAGCGUCUUCUGCCUUGCCACCGCGGGCCACGGCUGGCAUGAGUCGCUCGCCAUGGCCGUGAUUGCGGGUUGCGUGCCCGUGGUCAUUCAGGUAUCAGUCUUGUAA